UAAAAAAUUUUGAAAAAAAAAAAAAAGAAAAGAAAAGAAAAGAAAAACUACAGUGCGAAUUUUUUUUUUUUUAUUUCCUCUUUGUGAUCCGUGGCUUAUAAAAAAGGGAAAAAUCAAAAUUGAAGAGCUAAUUCAUCAAUGGCGUAACUCUGGUUGAACUCUAUGCAAAUGGAUUGACAGAUGUCAAGAACUUUGUAAUUUAUGGAUCACGAGAAUCUGCAAUUAUUAUUUUUGGCGUUUUUAAGUAUUGUUUCCACGAACAGUGCCCGUAUCUUUUCAGGCUUGCUCAGUUGAAGGCAGAUUCAUGGUGAUGCAUGUGAAGCUCUGGGCUUAGAUUCUGGAUAUUGGUGAUUGAGAUCUUACUGUUGGCCUUGCCUCAAUUCUUACAAAGGACAGCCAUUUCCAGACAUGCCGAAGAUGGAAUGCAAUAAAGAAGAUGCUUUCAGAGCUAAGGAGAUGGCAGAGAAGAAGUUUAUUGAAAGGGACAUUGCUGGAGCAAAAAAAUUUGCAAUGAAGGCUCAAAACUUAUUUCCUGGGCUUGAUGGUCUUUCUCAAUUUCAAGCUACUCUUGAUGUGUAUAUAUCUGCUGAGGAAAGAAUUGACGGGGAAGUUGAUUGGUAUAAAGUCCUUGGUGUGGAAAUGUCGGCCAAUGAGGAAACAGUCCGGAAACAUUAUCGGAAACUGGCUCUCAUCCUUCAUCCUGAUAAAAAUAAAUCAGUUGGUGCUGAAGGGGCUUUUAAGAUUGUAUCUGAAGCCUGGAGUUUGUUGUCUGAUAAAGCCAAGAGAAGUGCCUAUGACCAGAAGCGGAAUUUAUGGGAUAUUUAUCGGAAAAUUCCAAACUAUAAAUCUGCGAUACCAACUGGUCAGAAUGGUUUCCAUAAUUUAUUCAACAAUAACAACUCAAAUUCAACAACCCAGAAGAAUGACAUGCAUCCACAGCCUGUUCCACCUUCUCAUUUUUCCAAAUUCAAUACCUUUUGGACAAUCUGCCUGUUUUGCAAAACACAAUUUGAGUACCUUCGAACUUAUAUCAACCACAACCUUUUUUGCCAGAACUGCCGUCAGCCUUUCUACGCUGUUGAGAUGCCAUCCCCAUCUAUAAAUGGCAAUGGUCCAUCCACUACAUGGACUUCUCAUUUUCGAGGACAGAAUUCUACUCACCACACAAGGAUUGAAAAUGCGCAUGCUUCAGGAAAGAAGCCAGUUUCUAUAGCAAAUGUGGGACCUUUCACUCAUCCAGGGACAUUUGCUAAAGCGGGUGAUGUUAGGAGCGUGCUAUCAGUUGAUCCAACAACUGGUGUAAGAGGGGAGUCCCUUAAAAGGAAAAUUCACACCUUCGGGGAAGCAGCAACCAAUUUAGCUACUGGAUCCCCUAAUGCUUGUUCCUUUACUAUGGAGAAAGGAGAUAGGCUGAAGAAGAAAAGGCGCAUUUAUGAUAGGAUGAAUUAUACAGGAAUUCAAAUGGCAAACAGAAAUGGAGUUGGUGAAUCUGGCACUCCAAAGGGUGGUUUUGAAACAGAAAAGGGAAAAGCUUCUGCCAGCCAUAAAUUUAAUAGGGCAAGGGAAUUAUCACAGCUAGAACUUCGAAACAUUUUGAUGGAUAAGGCUAAGAAGGAUAUUUGCAAGAAGCUUAAGGACCGUAGCAUUCCAUCAGCUGCAUCGAAGGUUUCAGAGCAGAUGGAGAAGGAGAAAGAAAAGCAGAAGGCACCUCUAAAUGGCAUGGAAGCUGAUGGACACAAAUGGUUAGAUACCAAGACCAAGUCUCACAUGGAGUGUUCUCUUGCCAACUCUAAUGAUGACCCUGAUACAAAGGGUGAUGAUCGAUUAUCAAUGACUGUUCCAGAUCCAGAUUUCCAUGAUUUCGACAGGGAUCGCACAGAAAAAUCAUUUGGUGAUUGCCAGGUUUGGGCUGCUUACGAUGAUGAUGAUGGGAUGCCUCGAUAUUAUGCUAUGAUCCACAGCGUGAUAUCAUUGAAACCAUUUAGGAUGCGGAUCAGUUGGCUUAAUUCCAAAAGCAAUCGUGAAUUAUCCCCAUUGAAUUGGAUUGGUUCUGGUUUUUACAAGACCAGUGGAGACUUCUGGAUAGGCAAACAUGAAGUUAAUAAAUCUCUGAAUUCUUUUUCGCACAAGGUUAAUAAGUGGGCAAAAGGCACAAGAGGGACCAUUCAAAUAUACCCUAGCAAGGGCGAAAUCUGGGCUAUUUAUAGGAAUUGGUCUUCUGAUUGGAAUGAACUUACACCAGACGAAGUGAUUCAUAAGUAUGACAUGGUGGAAGUGCUUGAGGACUACAAUGAUGAGAGAGGUGUCACUGUUGCUCCUCUUGUUAAAGUUGCAGGUUUCAAGACUGUGUUUUGCCGACAUUCUGACUCGAGGAAAACCAAGAGAAUUCCAAGAGAGGAGCUGUUUCGGUUUUCUCAUCAGGUCCCUUCUUACUUGCUGACGGGUCAAGAAGGUCAUAAUGCUCCUAGAGGUUGUUGGGAACUUGAUCCUGCAUCUAUGCCUUUGGAACUACUCAGAGUAUUAACAGAAGUUGAAGAGAAAGAGACGGUGGAGCAUGCUGAUAAAGCUAAGGAUCCCCUUGGGGAUGUGAAGAAAGCUACAGAAGAACAGUUGAUAGAAAAUGGUGAAACAACCAAGGAAAAAAUUGCAGUAAAAGGUGCUGCUAAAGAAGAUGUAGCAGAAUUGAGGAUGGAUAAAGGGAGAGAAAUCAAGGGAGACAAAUUAAUAGUGUACAAAAGGAGGCGAAACAGGAACUAGGUCACUUAAUAUUAAUAGCCAAAAAGGAAAAGAGUUAGAAGAGUCUAUACAGAAACUAAUUCAGCAGUUAUCAUCUUUCAUAACAUCGGUGGGUUACAGUUUUGUUUUCGUAGUUGUGGGAUGCCUGUGAGACUUUUCUCAGCUGCAUCUGUAAAUGGAGACUGUUUGGAAGGCUGAAUUUACAUACAGGGUUACUGGGUUAGUUGAUAGCUUAACAACCAUUAGUCUAAGCUUAUAAUUAGCUGCCCACCAUGCUUUUGAUUUUUCUUUUUGAAUACCCUUUAGAACUGUUUUUUGCAGCUAGUUAAUUUUGUGCCUCAGGAGCUGCAUAUCUUUUGAAUACAAAUUAUAGCUUGACAAUCUUAAAGUUAAUGGUACAGAGAAAUUUGGACCAUUUUCACCCUUUACAUUGUCUGAUGAAAUCAAGUUUCAUCUUUCUCCUGUGUCCGGAGCAUCAAUGGAAUAUGUAAUCAUUUAGUUUCUGGCCUCAAUCAUAGAUUUUCCCUUUCAUCCUAAAAUAGGAGCUUCCAUUUAAUGAUCUACCUAUUAUUUAUCAUAUGCAAACUAUUCCUUUCGUU